GUAUUUAACUCUUAGAAUUGAAUCAAAAUGUACUUACGUAUUUUGAAAGUGUAAACUUACGUUACUGAUUCAUUAAUGGCGGAAAGAAGAGUGACCAAGACGAAGUUGAUAUUUGGCUUCCAAGUUAUACUCUACGCAUCAAUAAUCUGUACGUAUGCUGCAGAUACCCUAUCUGCAAACCAAACCAUUAAAUACAAUGAAACCAUCGUUUCACCACAAGAAACCUUCGAGCUUGGUUUCUUUAGCCCCGGAAACUCCAAGAACCAUUAUGUCGGAAUUUGGUACAAGAAAAGAUCGUACCGAACCGUUGUAUGGGUAGCUAACCGCAACACACCACUCACACAUACCUCUGGCGAGCUAACUCUCACCCUUCGGGGAGUUUUAAUUAUCCGCGACGCCACCAUGGGCAAUAUCACAUGGUCAUCAGCGAACUCAUCAAACACAUCGGUGACGAAUCCAACUGCUCAGCUUCUAGAUACAGGCAACUUUAUAGUUUACGAUGGCCUCAAUCAAGAAAAUCCCAUAUGGCAAAGUUUUGACUUUUUGUCAGAUACUUUACUUCCCGGGAUGAAGUACGGGGUAGAUUUUGUUACCGGUUUUGAAAGGCGUUACACGUCGUGGAAAUCCGACGACGAUCCUGCUUUCGGUGAAUUUUCUUAUGGGAUUGAUAUCAGAGGUUAUCCUCAGGCGAUCCUAAUGGAUGGCCCGAACGUAAAGUUCCGGGGAGGUCCAUGGAACGGACUAAGGUAUACCGGAUACCCUAAUUUGAGGCCUAACCCUAUUUACAACUACACGUUUGUUCUUAAUAAAAGAGAAACUUACUUCCGGUAUGAUCUUAUAAAUACUUCGGUUUUAAUGCGAGUGGUGUUGUUUCCAAAUGGUACUAUACAGCGCUUGUUAUGGGCUGAUGACAACCAAGUAUGGAAGAUUUAUUUGGGCCCACUAGGGGAUCAAUGUGAUCUCUACGCUGUGUGCGGUCCGUUCGGCAGCUGCAACAUUGAAACCUCUCCUGUUUGUGAAUGUUUGAAGGGGUUUGAACCCAAAUCUCCGGAACAGUGGAGGGCUGCAGAGUCUUCACAAGGGUGUAAACGCACUAUCCCUUUGGAUUGUGGACCUGGGGAGGGGUUCAACCAAUAUUCUAACCUAAAGUUACCCGACACACGAUCGUCAUGGUAUAACCAGACCAUGACCCUUGGGGAAUGUGAGAAGAAGUGCAAAAGUGAUUGUUCAUGUACUGCUUACACAAAUUUGAAUAUCUCAGGGGCCGGGAGUGGUUGCUUGCUAUGGUUCGGUGACCUAAUGGAUAUCAGAACAUAUUCUAAAAACGGGGAUACUCUUUAUAUACGCAUGCCACCUUCCGAGUUAGACUUGAUAGCAAACGGCACCAGCUCAAGUGUAGGGAUAAGAGUACGAGUUAUGGUCCCCAUAGCAUCUGUUGUUUUGGUCAUCCUAGUUUCAAUAUACUUACUAUUUUAUCGUUUUAAAAGGAAGAAGCAACAUCAACAAGGGACACACACAAACAUGAUUGAACAUGAUCCUGAAAAUAGAAAUGGUGACGAAGAUCUAGAGUUACCCUUGUUUAGCAUGUUUACAUUACUUAAAGCCACUAACAACUUUUCGAUGUACAACAAACUUGGAGAGGGAGGUUUUGGCCCCGUUUACAAGGGUGUACUGGAAGACGGGCAUGAAAUAGCAGUGAAGCGGCUAGCAAAAACAUCCACUCAAGGACUUUACGAGUUCAAGAAUGAAGUCAUCUCAAUAUCUAAACUACAACAUCGCAAUCUUGUCAAGCUUUUGGGAUGUUGCAUAGAUGGUUCCGAAAAGAUAUUGAUUUAUGAAUAUAUGCCAAACAAAGGCCUCGAUUCCUUCAUAUUUGAUAAAUCUCAAAGCAAACUCCUCGAGUGGCCUACACGUUACCAGAUUAUCAAUGGAAUUGCUCGUGGACUUCUUUAUCUUCACCAAGACUCUCGGCUUAGAAUUGUACAUAGAGAUCUCAAAGUUAGCAAUAUUUUGCUAGACAUGGAUAUGAACCCAAAGAUAUCAGAUUUUGGUACAGCUAGAACUUUUGGAGAAAAGCAGUUGGAAGCAAACACAAACAGAGUGGUUGGAACAUAUGGCUACAUGGCGCCUGAGUAUGCGGGUGAUGGUAUCUUUUCAACAAAGUCAGAUGUAUACAGCUUUGGCGUGGUAGUGUUGGAAAUUGUGUCCGGGGAGAAAAACAGAGGAUUUAUCCACAAAAAACACUGCAACAACCUUAUUGGACAUACAUGGGGACUCCAUAAUGAGGGCAAAUCAUUGCAGUUAGUUGAUAAGUGCCUAGGUGACUCAAUCAAUGCAUCUCAGGUAAUACGAUUGAUCCAUGUUGGUUUGUUGUGUGUUCAACGUCACCCAGAAGAUAGACCGACUAUGACUUCUGUGAUCUUGAUGCUAGGCAGUGAAGGUCCAUUGCCUUCACCCAAAGAACCUGGUUUUUACAUUGGAGAAAAUAUGCAAGAUACUCCACAAUCUUCAAGCUCAUAUGGAAUAAGUUCUAACAAUGGAGUAAGCAUUACAAUGUUGGAUGGUAGAUGACAAAAUUUAAAACUGGAACCGACCGGAUGUUAUAAUAUAGAUAUAUUCAUGUGUGUUCAUCAGUAUUCAAUCUCUUUAUAAGUAAUGUUGGAAAAAUUAGUGAAAAUUGAGUUUUUUCACUAUGUUAUAUGUAUUUUUGUCAACUUUGGAAAAUUUAUUUAUAUUAUACAUUGCUUAAUAUAACUACUAUAUAGUGGGUUCGUGUUGUUAUAAGGUCUUUACAACAAACCAUACCAUGUUCUAAUUGGAGCUAAGAUGAAAGAGAUAUCGAUCCUGAAGUUGGGACGUGAACACCUGAAAGUUGUAAAAAUGGUGGAAAAGUGGGAAGUUGUCCCACAUAGAUGGAGGGAAGAAACAUGGAGUGACUUAUCAUUUUUCGAACAUUUUUGAAUUUCCAGAAGAAGAUGCCAUUCGUUUCAUGACAAAUAAAAAGGAAUAUCGAAAAUUCGAGUGGCUGAAGCUGAAGCAGCUACUUUCGAAGUAACAGAAAGAAAAGCAACGACUGGAGUGGGAGAGUUAGAGUCGAAAAGAGGAUUCCUCACUUCUUUCUCUCAUUCAAAACCGUGCAUGAGACUUUCAUCUCACACGGCUCCUAAGUAUUAGUUGGGAAUUUUGUGAAAGGUUCCUGUAAAAAGUUUCAUUAACGCCUAAUUCAUGUCGAGUAGACCUUGUUGUUGUGAGAAUUCUUAAUUCAUGAGUUGUAGGGAGGUAUUUAUGUCACCACAAACAGAGACUAAAGCAAGUGUUGGAUUCAAAGCUGGUGUUAAAGAUUAUAAAUUGACUUAUUAUACUCCUGAAUAUGAAACCAA